UUAUUGCUCGCCGUGUUACCGUCAUACCAAAGAGAAACAAUGAUUUCCUCUGUUGUCGCUUGUGUUAUAUUGACUGUUAUAAGUAUGGCUAUUGUUAUGGACUGGAGUUAUGUCCAAUGUUGUUAUCUCUACGUUGUGCUGACUUGUUCCUGCUUUCUCGUUGGCCCGUUGAUUAUGAUAUUGAUCAACAUAGCUUUAUCGCCCAAGCAUCAAACUGGCUCUGGUUCUGUUAGAACUAUCGCAGAGUUAGAUACUUUCCAUAACAUGCUGAUGAAAGGAUACGAGCCAAAAUUAGCCACCGCUAGAAAGCACAUGCGCUAUCCUGUAGUUUUCACUCGUUUGGUGGAUGGUGCUCUGCAGAACCUGCUGGAUUUAAUUUUUCAGGACUUUGUCGGCUCUUGGUUGAGCGAUCUGGCUUUUGGCUCGGACCAGCUGAUAGAUAAUAUGAAGCAAGAUGUGUGGGGCGCGAUACAGAGUCUCCACGAUCGCUUAUCGCGUGUUGAUCACACGAAAUUAGUUGUUUGUAAUAUAGUGAACAAACUUACUUUUCACUUUGAGAAGAUCAGGAUAGCUCAAGCAGCUUCAUCGGAAGGAGAGGAUCCUGUAUUUAUUUUAUCAGCGCAUCUAAUGUCACCUGUUGCUGAGUUGGAGUAUUUAAGGAAAAUUAGUGAGCUUUAUAUUCUAUUUUUGUUACCACGCAGUUAUUCUUUAUCUCCCAUAAAGUUCCUCCUGAGGGAGGUUCUUACGUGCAAAAUACUGAAGCCAGCAAUAGACUUAAUUACGGAUCCCGACUAUAUCAAUCAGAAGAUUCUGGCGUAUAUCGAUCAGCAGCAGCUCACCGAAGCGAUGCAUAGAAAAACGUACGAAUACGCGGAGUCCUUCGAAGACUUCAUUCGUAUGAUAAAGGCCUCGAAAGAUUUGGAGGUUCUCAAACAUAUCAGAUACAAUAUCGUUACCGAGAUCAUGCAGGCUACCACGAUACAGAACGUCAAACGUGCUCAAGGUUUGGAUUCUGAGAAUAACGCGUUCGGAAAAUCCGACGCCGUGCAAGCGAGAAAGUUGAAGAGGUAUAUCAGCCAACUGACAUAUGCUAAGAACACGUGCGAAUGUCACAUGCAGACAUUGGGAUGGGACGGAUAUCCUCGUCAGGAUACCGAGAUUUGUGACGCCACGGAGAUUUCGGAAAGCAGGAUACUUCCGUUACAGGCGAUUCUGGAUAACGUGACCGGUCGCCGAUAUCUAUCUCAGUUUUUGGAACAGGUCGCUAGUCAAGGGCUGAUCGGCUAUUGGGCGGCGGUGCAGGAAUUACGCACUGCGGACAGAUCCAAUUGGCAUCAGUUAGGGGCAGAGAUCUUUUACACAUAUAUCAGGUCACCCACUGCUGAAAUCAAGGUAGACAAGAACGUCCGAAAACGGAUGGAGUCUUUUCUUCUGGGCGAUAAGGGACCCGCUGUAUUUUAUGAGGUUCAAGACGGCGUUGUAAAGACGCUUCAAGAGAAAUAUUAUCCGUCAUUUCUCGUUAGUGAGCAGUACAAAAACAUGCAGGAGGCGUUACUCAACGAGAGAGCGGAAGAUUUAGUUGAGGAUCGUGGAAUGGUCGAUGGUGCUCUGUCAGAAUCUUCACCUUUGCUCGUCGGCGAACGGUCGAAUUAUGCUCGUAGUAAACUGGAUCAACUGCAGGAAAAGUUAAACAACAAGAUGCAAGCUUUACAGGCGCUCAAGUCUUCUCUCAAGCCCGAGAGCAAGGUGCUAAGUAUAUUGGCGAAAGAAGUCGAGUGGCUGCAAGGCGAGAAGCGGCAACUGGAGGCGCAUCUAACUCACACGGAAAUGUGGGCCGAGCACUUGGGUCAUUGGAGAGCUGACGUGCAAAGCACAGAGAUGCCCGAUAACGGGGAUCCUCCGCAAUUUGUACUGGUUGUCCACAUGGCAGAGGAAGACAACGAUGAGAGCAUAUCCAGCGGGUGGGUGGUGUUGAGGAAAUUGCAAGACUUUCAAGAUCUCCACAGAAAAUUGCGUCAGUUGUGCUCUAACGUGAAAAACUUGGACCUUCCCUCGCAGCCUUUGAAGUUCUUCGGGAAAUCUGAUAAGAGCACUCUUGACAAAGCGAAAAUGCAAAUACAAAAAUAUUUAAAUUUUGUUCUGGAGGACGAAAGACUUAAUCAGAGUGAAGCAUUGUAUGCCUUCCUCAGCCCAAGCUCGGAGCACUUGAAAGCCGUGGCGCCGUCUCCUAAGAAAUCUCGCUUCUCUCUGUCUACGUUAUUCAAAACGUCUGUCGGUAAUAACGAGGCACGUGACAAAGAGGACGAAGAGGAUUAUUCGUUGUUGCUGGACGAUAGCGAAACCGGCCGUGCCGCUACGGACAAUUAUCUAAACGCUAGCAAGGAUGCGAUAGCGGAACCUUUGUAUACGCUUCUAGGAGAAGUUUUCGACUUGAGAGGGGUAUUUCGUUGGCUCAGACGAUCUCUGAUUACUUUUGUGCAGAUCACCUACGGACGGACCAUAAAUAGACAAAUCAGAGAUACCGUCGCGUGGGUGUUCUCCGAGCCGAUGCUUCAUUAUUACAUACAACUGUUCACUAAGUCGUGGUGGCCGAAUGGUCAGCUCGUGUCCGAGACCGUUCUUCGCACCGACGAGGAGAAGCUGAAGACACGAGGCGAAGCACGCCGGCAAUUUCUUAACAAUGUACCUGAAGUACUGACGAAUCUAGUGGGGGCGCAGAGCGCACAGCGCGGUGCGACCAAGGUUUUCGACUCCCUGCAAAACGUGAACCUGAACAAACAAUUAUUUUACGUAAGUAGCUGGUUCGCGAGCGGUGUCUCUGAUUUCGUGUCGAUUUUUUCUCCUUCUUUCAUUCUUAUCCUUCUUCUCUUUUGUAGGACAUAUUUGAAGUAUUGAUGUACGAAGUAUUUCCGGAACUGCAGCGCAAAUAAUGUUCCUUAACAAAUAAACAAAUAAAUCAAUGUGAUA